AUGAAGUCGACUUUGCAGUUCUUGGCAUUCGCUGCGCUCGCGGUGCUGCCGUCAACAUGCGCCGCCGACGCAGACGCCAACACCAACAACGAGCCAAAGCCUGACGAGGACGGCAAGUACUGGAUCUAUGGCGACGGCAUCUCUGCCGCCUUUGUUGCCUACGGCGCCUCUGUUUCCAACUUCAUGGUCAAGGACCAGUACGGAAUUGAGCGCGACAUCGUUGCUGGCUUCGACAACGCUUCCUACUACGGCAUUGACAAGCAACACCCUCACUUUGGUGGUGUUCCCGGCCGCUAUGCCAACCGCAUCAAGAACAGCACCUUUGAAAUCGACGGGAAGAAGUAUCACGUCAAGGCGAAUGAGAAUCCCACCAAGAGCCACCCCGACGGUGUCGAUACCCUCCACGGCGGCCCGGAUGGCUGGGACUGGCGCAACUUCACCGUUGUUUCGCACUCCAACCACAGCAUUACCUUUUCCCUGGUUGACCCCGACGGCAAGGAAGGAUUUCCCGGAGAGGUCGUGACUGUCGUAACGUACAGUCUGAACGGACGAGACUGGGAUUUAAAGAUGGUCGCCGAGGCGACGACUAAGAAGACGCCCAUUAUGCUGAGCAGCCACACGUACUGGAACCUGGAUGGCUUUGCGAAUAACCAAACGAGCAAGGUGUUCAACCAUACGCUGCAUAUGCCGUAUGCCGGUUUCCGUGUGGGCGUGGACAACAUCCUCAUCCCGACGGGCGAGUUGUUGCCAAACAAGAAGGGCGGCGUCAAUGACUUCUGGAGCGAGCCCAAGCAGGUUGGAGCCUCGUUCGGGGACGAGGGUAUUGUGAACAACUGCGGGUUCAACUGCACAGGCUACGGUGAGAUUGAUGAAACGAACAGACAGGCGUUAUUCGUUGAUGCUGACAAUGUCCUCGCAGAUAACUGCUUCAUCAACAACCGCGGCGCCAUCGGCCCCUACGACUGGCGCAAGCAAGGCCCCGUCACCACCUUGUCGUCCCCCUGGUCUGGCAUCCAGCUCGAUGUCUUCACUGACCAGGACGCCUUCCAGAUAUACUCGUGCAACGGGCAGAAUGGCACCAUGGCCCUCAAGAGGACGCAGGGCGUGACGGGGGACAACAAGGACAGGUUUCCUCGCACCAUUCCCAAGUAUGGAUGUGUCGUGCUCGAGGUCCAGGAUUACAUUGACGGCAUCAACAACCCUGAGUGGAUGCGUGGAAAGAAGCAGAUUUAUGAGCCUGGCGGUGAUCCGUAUGUGUUACAGGCCAAGUACAGGUUUAGUUUGGUCUCUGAUCAUGAAAAGAAGAAGUGCAAGACUCCGUCGUCGUAG